UGCACUGAGGCGAGGCCAACGCCGGCAAUGCGGACGCAGUAGCGCCGCCGCUGCUAGUUGCCCGUUGCCGUCCGGCGUUCGCCCAGGGGCUGCACCGCUGCAUCAUUCUACAAACCGAAGUCCCGUCCUCAAACCCUACAAUCGCGGCGAAGCGGCAGGCGGCUCGGCGAAGGUGGAGGCGCGGGCGGCGAAGGAAGUGGGAGAUCAUGUCCCUCCGGUCCCUCGGUUACCUCCUCAUCAGGAGGUUAUCGCCGCGCGGGAUCUGCCGCGAGCAGGCGCAGGGGGAGACCCUAAGGUCGGUGUCGGGGAGCUUAGCACGCUCUCUCCACACCUUGAGAGAUCUCGAGGCUAGCAGUGGGGCUAUUGGUGGAUUAGUUGCCGGUGGUUUGGCUACGUUGGUCGGAAUUCUGUACUUCAAGAAAGAUGAAUCAGAGGUGCCCGACAGGAAAGGGGACAUUAUCCUUGAUGAAACCAUCAGGGCAAAGUUCAUGGAUGAAGACGGCAAGUUCGCCUGGCUUGAGUACAUUGAUUACAUGAACUGGAGAAGAAGUAAUCCUGAGGUGACUGAUCCAGAGGUGCUGGAUAAGAUGCUUCGGAGAAGAUAUACGGUUGAUGAUGAUGAGGCCAUAAAUCAGGAUAACGUGAAGAUCAGGGAGCAGGAGAGCAUGAGGGUGGACGACGAAGCGAUGAAGGAAAGAUUUGAGGACUGGAUGAAGGAGUAUGACAAAACUUAUCAGAGUGAGGAAGAGAAGGUUAGGAGGUAUGAAAUAUUUAAGAAGAAUGCCAUCGCUUCUGACAAGGUUAAUGCAGCAUUCCCAAAUGGUCCCCACCAUGCACCUAACAAUCUUGGAGACUGGACAGAGGAAGAGCUCUAUAGUCUGCGCAGCCGUCAGGGUGACUUUCCCUCGGAGUCCUACUUUCGUAGACUGAGCAAGGCGUAUGCUGAGGGUAGGGUGGAUGGCGUUCCAGGAAUCGUGGAUGCACAUGAUGAGGAGGUGCAGUGCACCGAGGCUGUGAAGCAGAGGUUUAAGGAACUAACAGCAAGGAAGGCUAAACAAGACGCAAGGGAGGCUGAACAAGCAGCAGCGAAGUCCCAACAAGAUGCAAGGGAGGCCAAACAAGCAGCAACGAAGUCCCAAUAAGACGCAAGGGAGGUUGAACCAGCAGCAACGAAGUCCCAGUGAGUUCAGACAAUCUCUAGCUAUGGUGAAGAUGUAAGUUAAAACCCCCUGGUCCCCAACCCAACCCACUCACCCAAAAAUACUUCCAAUCUCCAAGGUUACAUGUUUGAGCAUGCUUAUAAAACAUCCAGACCAGUCGAUUAGCAUUGCAGUUGCAGGAUGAGGUUCAGUUACAUGAAGUUGCUUCUAUUAUCAUCUAUAUUCAACUGCAAAAUGUGUCUGCUCCAAUUAUCUUUUAUUUUCCUUUUGAGAUUGUACUGAUAUUCUUGCUGAUAUAGUAUAAAUAUGUGCAA